AUGAACGGCGCCAGCGACCCCGAGCGAGAGCAGGCGCUCGAGGAUUAUAAAAAGAGCUUGCUGGAGCUGCGAGAAUGGGAAGCUAAGUUGAAGUCGCUGCGGAUGGGAAUCAAGGAUCUGCAAAGGGAGUUUGAUGUCUCCGAGGAGAACAUCAAGGCACUACAAAGUGUCGGCCAGAUCAUCGGCGAAGUAUUGAAACAGCUGGAUGAAGAGCGAUUCAUCGUUAAGGCAUCGUCAGGGCCCCGGUAUGUCGUCGGUUGCCGGUCAAAGGUGGACAAGGCCAAGAUGAAGCAGGGAACACGUGUGGCCCUGGACAUGACGACACUCACCAUCAUGCGCAUGCUCCCUCGUGAGGUCGAUCCCAUGGUCUACAACAUGUCUCUGGAGGAUGCCGGGCAGGUGAAUUUUGCAGGAAUUGGUGGUCUGAACGAGCAGAUCCGAGAGCUGCGGGAGGUGAUUGAACUGCCACUGAAGAACCCGGAGCUUUUCCACCGAGUAGGAAUCAAGCCUCCUAAGGGUGUUUUGCUCUACGGUCCUCCGGGUACUGGCAAGACGCUACUUGCGCGGGCCGUGGCCAGCUCGAUGGAGACCAACUUCUUGAAAGUGGUUUCCUCCGCUAUCGUGGAUAAAUACAUUGGUGAAUCCGCCCGAUUGAUCCGUGAAAUGUUCGGCUACGCGAAAGAGCACGAGCCCUGCAUUAUCUUCAUGGACGAGAUUGAUGCUAUUGGUGGACGACGAUUCUCGGAGGGCACAUCGGCAGAUCGAGAAAUCCAGCGAACACUGAUGGAGCUUUUGAACCAGCUGGACGGGUUUGAUUACCUCGGGAAAACCAAGAUCAUCAUGGCCACCAACCGUCCGGACACGCUGGAUCCCGCGUUGCUGCGUGCCGGUCGUCUGGAUCGAAAGAUCGAAAUCCCUCUCCCCAACGAGGUGGGUCGGCUGGAGGUUCUGAAGAUCCACACGAGCACGGUGCAACUGGACGGCGACAUUGAUUUCGAGAGUGUGGUCAAGAUGAGCGACGGUCUCAAUGGUGCCGAUCUUCGCAAUGUGGUCACCGAAGCGGGUCUCUUUGCGAUCAAGGAUUACCGGGACGCCAUCAACCAGGAUGACUUUAACAAGGCCGUGCGGAAGGUGGCCGAGGCCAAGAAGCUGGAGGGCAAGCUGGAGUACCAGAAGCUGUAG